AUGUUGAGAUUUAGACUUACAAGCGGGUCUUCCAGACGUUUCUUGAGCCAAUCGUCUACUUUAUUGGCUGCCAAGAAACAGCACGAUUUGGUUGUGAUUGGUGCUGGUCCCGGUGGUUACGUGGCCGCUAUCAAAGCUGCGCAGCUUGGUUUCGACGUUGCCUGUGUGGAGAAACGUGGAAGAGCCGGUGGUACUUGUUUGAACGUGGGUUGUAUCCCAUCCAAGGCGUUGUUGAACAACUCGCAUCUGUACCACCAGAUGAAGCACGACUCCAAGCAAAGAGGUAUCGACAUCAACGGUGAUGUUGCCAUCAACAUGAGCCAAUUUCAAAAGGCAAAGGAUACUUGCGUCAAGCAGUUGACCGGCGGUAUCGAAAUGCUUUUCAAGAAAAACGGCGUCACCUACUACAAGGGUCUGGGGUCCUUUGAAAGUGAAAACAGCAUCAAAGUUGUUCCAGUAGAGGGAAUCGAAGGCAGCGUUAGCGAAGAGACCAUCUUGGAUGCUAAAAACAUCAUCAUUGCUACCGGUUCCGAGGUCACACCUUUCCCAGGCAUCAAGAUCGACGAGGAAAGAAUUGUGUCUUCUACCGGUGCUUUGGACUUGAAAGAAGUGCCCAAAAGACUGGCCAUCAUCGGUGGUGGUAUCAUCGGUCUAGAAAUGGGUUCUGUUUACGCUCGUUUGGGUUCUAAAGUGACUGUUGUGGAAUUCCAGCCCAAGAUCGGUGCCACUAUGGACAAUGAGGUCGCCACUACUACUCAGAAGUUUUUGAAGAAACAAGGAUUUGACUUCAAACUCGGUACCAAGGUCGUUUCCGCUGAGAGAAACGGCGAGAUCGUCAACAUUGAGGUCGAGAACGUCAAGAGCGGCAAGAAGGAGUCUUUGGAAGCCGACGUCCUAUUGGUUGCCGUUGGCAGAAGACCAUAUGUACAAGGUUUGAACUGUGAAUCGCUCGGUCUAGAAGUUGACAAGAGAGGCCGUUUGGUGAUCGACGAACAGUUCAACACCAAGUUCCCACACAUCAAGGUCAUUGGUGAUGUUACUUUUGGCCCCAUGUUGGCCCACAAGGCUGAAGAAGAAGGUAUUGCCGCCGUGGAGUACUUGAAAACCGGCCACGGUCAUGUCAACUAUGCCAACAUUCCAUCGGUCAUGUACUCGCAUCCUGAAGUUGCCUGGGUGGGUAAAACCGAGGAGCAGCUAAAGGAAGACGGCAUCUCUUACAAGAUUGGUAAGUUCCCCUUCAUGGCCAACUCAAGAGCAAAGACCAACAUGGAUACUGAAGGUUUCGUGAAGAUUUUGAUCGACUCUGAAACUGAACGUCUUCUAGGUGCCCAUAUCGUGGGGCCUAACGCCGGUGAAAUGAUCGCCGAGGCCGGUCUCGCUUUGGAGUAUGGUGCUUCUGCCGAGGACAUCGCUCGCGUAUGCCACGCUCAUCCAACUUUGUCAGAAGCAUUCAAGGAAGCUAACUUGGCUGCGUUCUCAAAGUCUAUCAACUUCUAA